GUCGUUUCACAUCGGACACAUUUUACUGUUGCGCUGAACGCUAACCGGAAGUGUGUGUUUUAAGCACUCGGAGGUUUUGUGUUGGUUGUUUAUGCGUUUAUAAACUUUUAUUCUUUUAUUUAUCUCUACCUCUUCGUCCGCAAAAAUGGGGAAACGACAGCAUCAAAAAGAUAAGAUGUACAUCACAUGUGCAGAAUACACACAGUUUUAUGGAGGGAAGAAAUCAGAAAUCCCACGAGACAAUUUCAGACGUCUGCCCUUUGAUCAUUGCAGUUUGUCUCUUCAGCCCUUUGAGUAUCCCAUGUGCACAUUGGAUGGGGUGGUUUUUGACCUAAUGAGCAUAGUGCCUUGGAUUAAGAAGUUUGGUACCAACCCCAUAACUGGAGAGAAGCUUGAGGCUAAAUCUCUCAUCAAGCUUAACUUCUGCAAAAACAAUGAAGGGAAGUACCACUGUCCUGUACUCUACACAGUGUUCACAAACAACUCCCACAUCGUUGCCAACAAAGUCACAGGGAAUGUUUUCUCUUAUGAGGCAGUAGAGCAGCUCAACAUCAAGACAAAGAGUUAUAAAGACCUGCUGACGGAUGAACCAUUCACCCGCCAGGAUCUCAUCACACUACAGGAUCCUACAAAUCUGGAUAAAUUCAAUGUCUCCAACUUCUUCCAUGUGAAAAACAAUAUGAAAGUCCUCGACCCUGAUGAAGAGAAAGCCAAACUGGACCCAGCAUACCAUCUGAAAAGCACAAACCUGGAGACGCGGGAAACCCUGGCGGAGCUCUAUAGGGACUAUAAAGGAGAUGAGCUGUUGGCCUCCACUAUGAAAGAGCCCGAAACCAAAAAAACAGACAAGUUCAAUGCUGCUCACUAUUCCACUGGAAGAGUGUCUGCCUCCUUCACAUCUACAGCUAUGGCUCCGGCCACCACCCAUGAAGCAGAGGCUAUUGCAGACGAUACCGUUCGAUACCAGUACGUUAAGAAGAAAGGCUACGUGCGCCUACACACAAACAAAGGAGACCUGAAUGUGGAGUUACACUGUGAUAAGGUCCCCAAGGCUGGAGAAAACUUUAUUAAACUGUGUAAGAAAGGAUAUUAUGAUGGCACAAUAUUCCACCGCUCUAUUCGAAAUUUCAUGAUUCAAGGAGGAGACCCUACAGGGACGGGUACAGGAGGUGAGUCUUUCUGGGGAAAGCCGUUCAAGGAUGAAUUCAGGCCUAAUCUGUCUCACACAGGUCGUGGUAUUCUGAGCAUGGCUAACUCAGGACCCAACACAAAUAAAUCCCAGUUCUUUAUAACAUUCCGCUCGUGCGCAUACCUGGACAGGAAACACACUGUGUUUGGAAGAGUGGUUGGUGGUUUAGAGGCUCUCACAGCGAUGGAGAAUGUUGAAAGUGAUCCAAAGACAGACAAACCCAAGUCAGAGAUAAAGUUGCUGAGCGCUACAGUGUUUGUGGACCCAUAUGAGGAAGCCGAUGCACAGAUUGCAGCCGAGCGAGAGAAGGAAGUACAGAAACAGGAGGAAGAGAGAGCGCAAACUUCUGCUUCAGUCAACAAGGCAAAAACAGAGGACAAGCCUAAAAUCUUCAAACCAGGAGUGGGCAAAUACAUCAACAUGGUUGCCACGAAACAUUCCCACCCAGAUAGUGACAAACCCUCCACCAGUGAAGCUCCUGCCAAGAAACCCAAAGGCAGAACAGGUUUUGGAGACUUCAGUUCCUGGUAGAACCACCGUACAAACAGCUGAUUCUGGGUAAAAUGUGCGAUAAUGGACUGAUCUUAUUCUGUGCAGUGUUUGGAAAUCUCUUGGUCUUUCCCUUUUAUGUUUUCUCUUUUGAAAGUUUUUGUAUUUUUUGGUAAUUGAUGUGGCAGGGGUUGUUUUGUUCACAUGUAGUUUGUUCAAGUCUUUCUUUCUAUUGAGCCCUGUAAAUAAUCAUUGUUAUUUUUUGAAUAAUAAACGAUUGCAUCUAGGCAUUAAUAAAUGCAUUUUGCUAAAA